CUGUUGAUCAAUAACUUGCUACGCUCGUGCAAACAGCUGGAAUGACAGUGGUCUUCUUUUCACUCGGCCUGUUUCCAGGCGCUGCCGUAGAGCUCACUAGUAAACGGGCUCAUCGUUAAGUUCGACAGGGGACACGUCGCAACCGAUUUUGGUCGGCCACGAACACGACGCGCCAGUCCAAAUCCAAAUUCGACGAUUUUUCGAUCUGUGGCCCUGUUUUAAAAUGCUAUUCCGAUCGACGAGUCUUCUCGGCCUGGUCAGGCACGUCCUCCCAGCCUCAACAAAACGCAAGGCUUUGAGGUAUACAGGAUGUGCCAUAGGAGCAGUUGUGAUUGGGUAUGCAUUUUCUGACAAAGCUGAAAUGAAGGCAAAGCCGUUUAUUGAUGUCAGUAGGUUUAUGGCAGAGCCAAUCACAAGUGUAGAGACACUGAAUGCCACGAAGAAUGAUAUGAGAACAAAAAUGGAACUAUUAAUUAUGCAAAUUCAAAAUGAUCUUUGUAAAGCUUUGGAAGCCGAAGAAGAUCCAGAUUACAAAUUCAUAGUCGACAGGUGGACAAGAAAAGAAGGUGGUGGAGGGAUCACUUGUGUCCUGCAAGACGGACAUGUAUUAGAAAAAGCCGGAGUCAACAUUUCAGUUGUUACCGGUUUACUACCCCCAGAGGCUAUAAGACAAAUGAAAUCAAGAGGUAAAGAUUUUGGUGGUGAAGAGAAAUUGCCAUUCUUUGCUGCAGGUGUGAGUGCUGUCAUUCACCCUAGAAAUCCGAUGGUCCCUACGGUGCAUUUCAACUAUCGAUAUUUUGAAGUAUCAGAUUCUAAAGGGAACAAACAAUGGUGGUUCGGGGGUGGUACUGAUUUAACACCUUAUUAUCUCAAUGAAGACGAUGCGAAGCAUUUUCAUUCGACCCUUAAAUCCGCCUGUGAUCAGCAUGACAGAAGUUAUUACCCCAAAUUCAAAAAAUGGUGUGAUGAUUAUUUCACAAUUACUCAUAGAGGGGAGAAAAGGGGAAUCGGUGGAAUAUUUUUCGACGAUCUGGACAGCCCAUCACAAGAUAAAGCAUUUGAAUUUGUCAAAUCCUGUGCGCAUUCAGUAAUUCCAUCAUAUAUUCCAUUGCUGAAAAAACAUAAAGAAGAAGCUUAUGGCUACUUUGAAAGAAAUUGGCAAUUGUUGAGAAGAGGUCGAUAUGUUGAAUUCAAUCUCAUUUACGAUAGAGGGACCAAAUUUGGACUUUACACACCCGGUGCAAGAUACGAGUCGAUUUUGAUGUCCCUUCCUUCAACUGCUAAUUGGGCAUACAUGCACAACCCAAAGGAGGGGUCUGAAGAGGCGAAACUAAUGGAAGUGUUGAAAAAUCCAAAAGACUGGCUUAAAACUGAAAAACAAAUAUGAAAUCAAUUAUGGUGUCAGUAACAGUGUGUCUUUUCUCUUGACCUGUUUUUUAAUGUAAAUAAUACAAUAUGAAAUGUGUAUGUUUUAAACUUUGUUAAAAUUAAAUUAAAAAUUAGAUA